AUGCAGUUCAAGGCUCUCUUCCUCGCUGCCGUUCUGACGGCUCAGUCUGCCUAUGCCAUGGCCUCGACGCAGCAAGGCCAGAUUCAGCAGAACGAGAAGAACAUGCAGAGCGAGCAAAGCACGCAGAUCCACCAGCUUGAGGAACUCGCGCACACGAUCCACACUCAGCAGAUGGCCCAAGAUGGCAUUCUGCUUGUUGGUGCCCCAACUUUGAAUGCUUCUGUCAUUACCAGCACGCUCAACUCCGUCUCCAACCUCUUCUCCACCACUGGAACCGCAAUUAGCGCCAUCACCGCUACUACACUCGUUCAGCAGCUUCCCAACAUCAUUACCAGCCUUAGUUCUCUGUCUGGAACCUUCGUGACAAAUGUGGGAAGCAUCAUCACCACCCCAGUCAUCGGGGUUUUCAGCCUUGCCGACCAGCGUGCUAUCUUCGCUGCUUUCACUCAGCUUGUCAGUGCCAACACUCAGCUCAUCAACGCUUUUCUUGGCCCCAACGGUAUCGUUUCCAACUCUCUCCUCCGUGGCCCCAUUGCUGUCGUCCUGAACCUGGUUGAGAGAACCGUUGUCAACCUGGCUGGUGCCAUCAUUGCCCGCAUUCCGGCUUUUGCCCAGCAGUCUCAGACCCUGUUGAGCAGCAUUCAUGCCUCUCUGGCCUUGACCCUCAGCGUUUAA